UUCCUCCGCCCAUUAUGCAAAUCAGCCUGUGUGUCCGGAAAUGAACAGUCUCGUGAUGUCAGCUAGCGCCGUGUAGCAUCGGAAUGAGCCCUCGACCAACUUCCUCGCCAUGUUCUGGCAGGCAGUGGUUGAUAUCGCUUCAAGUUGUCGGCGAGCCAUGUCGGAGUUAAUUUCCCUCCCCGGCGGACGUUAAGGGCGAGUGGGGGAAAAAAAAGCGCUCACAUGACGUGACGGCAUGCCAUUCGGUUAGCAGGUCGGUGUGCUACGCAGGCUAGCGGGAUACUCAGUACGUACAUUCCGCUACUCGCCUUUUGGGAGUCAUGUCGCGCUUUGUGCUAGAGCAACUGUCCGAUUUUGGCGACUAUACCGGCAGGAAUGAGCUGUAUGAGAGUUUAAUUAACGAGCCUCACAACAGAGUGCCGAACGUUCGUCUGAGCCCAAAUGGACGUCACGUUCAUGUCAUCCUCCACAAGCCGAAGGUCGGUCUUGUGACUCUGGACAAGUAUGAAAGACCUCAGCUGGUCCACACUCAGAGGAAGAUGGAUUUGUGUUCAACAGGAGGCGUUCCCGUUGUGGAUAUUUUAUAUUUGGACAAUACAAAUAAUAAUGGCGCCGGCAACAAGGUCUUUGUGGCUGUGGUUUACGAGAACGGGCGGGCUGAGUUUUGGAGGUUCCAGGAUUGCAAAGGAGGCUGGAGUCUCCUGCAGACGGCCGACUUGUGCAACAGUCCCCGGGCUAGAGUGGUGUCUGUGUGCGCCUGCUCUAAUCUCAUCAUCUGGUGUGAGGAGCGACCCCCCUCGGAGAGCUCCCCCGUUCUAAGCUCUGCCAGAAAUAAACUGAGACAUUGUGUUUGCAGGAGGGACUUUGAGUUGGAGGAGGGGGCUGUCAUUUUAGGAGGGGUGAAAAUCGCCCUCCACAACAACCCUCGAUUCACCGUGGUCGCCUCGGGGCAAUACGUGCAUCUCCUUUCUGACGUCAAAGUGAAACUGCUGAGCAAAUUCUUCCUUUCUUGGUGCCCUUGUCAGGACUACUUUCGGGUCAGUGCCACAUGUAAAGCCAGCCCCUUGAAAAAGCAGUCGGCGAAGGAGUCUGACUUCAGGAAGCUGAUCACAGACUGUUUAGGGUUUCUGUCAGCGAAAGACCCACCUGAGAUCCUAAACGUCUGUCCUUCGGCUUGUGGGGGUUUGCUGCUGCUUCUCAACACGGGUUGGGUGUAUCUACUGCAAAGCGAUGGAAUGCUGCGCCAUAUACACAAGAUAGCGGACAAGAGCCUGCUUAAAUAUGCUGCACAUACCAGCCUCUGUACAUACCAGGACACCUUGGUGCUUGUCAUAGGCCAAAAUCUGCAUCUUAUAGACUUGAAGUGUGGCAGAGAAAUGGAAACAAUAAUGCUAGACCGAGAGGGCGUUUUAUUUACCAUAAAGAGUGACAGAUCGCCUCACUUGUUCUUAGAAACUGGACUUUUUAAAGUGGUGCGGCAGGAAAUGGACACAAUAGACGUAAAAAUGAAGUUGCCUUCUUUCACUGCGGUGGAGAGCAUUCACCCUGGAGCCCUCCUGGUGGAAGCUGUGUUUGAGGAGGCCUGUAAAUAUUACCAGCAGAGGAGUCUGAGUAGCACCCGGCUCACUGUGGAUGCCUUAAAGAAAGGGGGCAGGUUCCAGGCUCCCAUCUCUUUAGCAUCCAUCCUCAGUGACUACCUCAGCUCGGGGCCCAAGCAGAGAGCAGCAGAGAUGUCCCAAAAUGAAGAAAGAGGAUGUAGUGUGGGGGAAGACAAGCUAAAAGUCUCACUGUUGCCUGAGCUGAAGGCCUUGGUCGCUGUGGAGGAGCUAAAGGGGACUCUGGUGAGGGGCAGUGUGAAAGAAGUGGAGGUACUUUGCCAGCGUCUAGUCGAGAAAGAAGUAGCUCGGCUGCUGUCGUCCUCCGAGCUGCAUCAGGACGACCUGCUCUACCUCAACUCCAUCUUCUGCAUCUUCCCCUACCAAGCGUGGGCGGCGACGCAAGCUGCUCUCCAGCUACACUACAAUGGGGAAGGCUCUCUGUCCAGCCAGGCGCCUCCGGAUGUGUGGAAAACCGUCCUCAGUCCCGCGCCAAGCUUCCUUGCCUCCCUCCCACUUACAAACGGCGGGUCAAAACAUGGGUACAGCCCCAAAGCGGAUCACAACGCCAACUGUACACGUAAGUCGACGAGCUCCCCUUUGUCCGUCAUCAUGCCCAUCUUUGAACUACUCUGCCAUUCGGUUUUACGCUUCCAGCCUGCUUGGCUGCCCCGCUUCCUCGAGCUUGGCCAGCAACAGCAGGGUUCAGCCAAACUGGGGCUGAGCCUGGCCGCCUCCUCCUGGAGCGUCUCCGCCGGUAGAGGAGGAGACGGCGGCGAGAACAAUGUGCCCCUCUAUAAGCGCGUCCUGAGCGUCCUGUCAUCUAUGAGAAAAGAGAGAGACCAGCAGCGGGAACUGGAGGUGGAGGUGUUGAUGGUCAGCGGGCGGCCCAACACCAUCCUGCUGGCGCUGAGGAUCCUAAUUGGACAGCAGCAGUGGGAGAAGGUCACCCAGGUGGCCCAGAAGUUCUGUAAGCAGAGUCCCCUGCUGAACAGGGAGAUCUUCACCAUGUUGCUGUGUGAGGUGACCCAGCACAGAGAACUGGACCCCUACCUGGACCUGCUGUGGGCCCUGUGCCCCGAGGACCUCACCAUCACGACCAUUCUGAACUUGGUGCUGAAAAACCUCCCCACCCCAUCCCCAUCACCCAUUUCCAUGGCCAUCAUGCCAGACCCCGGUCCUGCUCUCUUUGCUGACCCGCAGAGUGGUCAAGUGACCAUCGGCCUCCUCAAACCUCUGCUGCGAAAAGUUCUCCAGAGGGAGACCAAGCCCAGCCAACGCUACGCCGACAUCCUCCAGUCCCCCUCCUUCCCCCCUCCUGCGCCCCCCCGCCUGCCCACAGAACCAGCGCACUCAGCCCAGGACACUAGCAUGCUUCUACCUGCUGACCCACUGUGACGUGACCUAACAAUUUUUAAAGACUCUUGGUAAUUUCACAUUAAAGAGAUGACUACUGACCGUAUUACCAUGUAAAUAUUAAUUUUAACGUGAAUUCUUCCGUGUAACAUGCAUGUGGAUGACCGUGUUAUUAUUGGCUUGCCAGAGUUGUGUUAAAUCCAGUAGCUUGUAACGACUCAUAUCACUAACCUUUGGCCAUGUUCACAAGAACACAGGUACUUUUUGAAAUCAUGUAGGUGUGUGGGAUUUGCAUGUUCUCUCCAUGCUUUUGUGCAUUUUCUCCACUUACUCUGGCUUCCUCCCAUAUUCCAAAAACAUUCAUGGUGGAUUCAUUGAAGACUCUUAAGUUGUCCAUUGGUGUAAAUGCGGUCAUAAAAUGUUGUUCCAUGUGCCGUGUUACUAACUGGUGACUAGUCCAGGGUGUACCACGCCUCUCUCACAAAGUCAGCUGGGAUAGAGGACAAGCGCUAUCGAUGGGUGGAUUCAUUUUAAUUUGAAUAGUUCUAUAGUUAGCACAGUUCUCAUUGAUUUUUGCCAUUUGACAUUCAUUCACACACAAAACACUGGUGAUUUUGGCUUUACAAAAAAAUGUAAUCAUGCCUGUUCCAUGAGUUAACUUUCUUCAGGCUGCGGAUUGGCUAAAACGACCUAACACCCACCUGUUGCUUUGGCAUGCAUUUAACAGCCAGCAAAUAUUUUUUUUCCCACAUGGACAGGGAAGAUUUGGGGGAGUUGAAAAUUUAGUUUUAAAAAUACUUGCGUAUGUGUGGACAUGGUCGAUUUUUAACUGGUAUGUAGAAGAAAAGCUUGUGCCUGUACUCUUCUCAGCGUCCAAUGCUGUCUUGUUUCCACCCCGUCCAACUCACAAGACAUUCCUGACAGAGAUGCCAAAGGAAAAGUGACUAAUAGUUGAGACUGAAAAUUUAAUUUGGGAGUAAUUCUAGCAUGAGGCAUGUGAUCUCACACGGUCAGCACGUCUUACACAGUGAGCUGUACACAAUCGGUAUCUGUUGGCCUCCAUGCUCUGAUUUCACAUUUGGUAUCACCUCAGUGACUCAUGUUUGUACUAAGCUUUUCAAGUGUCAUUUUGUUGGUCUGGAAUCAUUUGAAGUGCCGCCUGACAAUCUUGAGUGCCCUCUGACUGACAUGUUGACGAAACAAAAUGGCUGGUCAUACAGCUAAUGUGGCAUUUAGCAUGCAGUGAUUUAUAGCCCACAAAAGCUGCCACUGUGAUAUUUCCUUAACAGUAUCAGCCAAGAUAGUUUCUUUGGUUUGAUUAAUGUCAAGCAUUUGUGUAGCUUGAACAUUCAGUGCUGCUGUAAUCAGCUGUUGUUGCUGAAUGUAGGAACACUUCCCUCUUUGGACUUUAAAAGUUAAUUAUUAAUGUUGCUUCUACAGUGUUUUGUUUGAGGAAGGCUUCACUUGUGUAAAAACACACCAUAACUGUGUAUAAGUAUUUCUGAGUGAAUGCUAUUAAACUGUGAUAAAAUG